AUGGUUAUAUACGGUGUUUAUAUUGUAAGUAAAUCGGGUGGACUUAUAUAUAAUUACGAUCACAACAUUCCCCGCAUAGAGACUGAAAAAACUUUUGGUUUCCCUUUGGACAUAAAGUUGCAGUACGAAAAUAAAAAAGUAGUUGUUGUUUUUGGCCAGAGGGACGGUAUUAAUGUUGGCCAUGUUCUUCUCACUGUGAAUGGUUCUCCUGUGACAGGGAGGACAACAGAAGACGGUAGAGAUGUAUUUGAUAUUAUUGAAGCUAAGGAAAGUUAUCCAUUAAGCCUAAAAUUUGGGCGUAUGAGGGCAACAACCAAUGAGAAGAUAGUGUUAGCUAGUAUGUUUUAUCCCUUAUUUGCACUUGCUAGUCAGCUCAGCCCAGUACCCAAAAGCUCUGGAAUAGAGACACUCACAGCUGACACAUUUAAGUUAUCAUGCUUUCAAACUUUAACAGGUGUAAAAUUCAUCCUAGUAACCGACCCUAAUAUGCAAGGAACUGAAGUUGUCUUGAAGAGAAUAUAUGAGCUGUAUUCCGAUUAUGCACUUAAGAAUCCAUUCUACUCCUUGGAAAUGCCCAUAAGAUGUGAACUGUUUGAUACAUCCCUUCAUACGCUAUUGGAGCUGGUUGAGAAGUCAGGGACUGCUAAUUUAUAG